AUGGAGAACGCGCCGCGCGAUCCUGAGCCGUCUACGUCUCGACUUCUAGCCCCUGCGAUGCCUGCUCCUGGCUCGUCUGGGCGCAAGCUGCCCCUAGGCUGGGAAACCGGACAAGGCUGGGGCGCAGGAGGCGAUGUCUACAGCGGCAGCGCAUCACGUGUGUCGGGAAAGGGCAGGGACUCGCUCGGCGAGAAUGUACGGGCUGGCAGCGGGAAAGGGAAGGAGCGAAUGAGGGAGUCAGUCGGAUCGCAGGGUCAGCUCCCGUCAGACGACAGCCGUUCUCUCGCCUCGUCCGACACGCGUCCUUACAAGAAGCCUCGAUACUUUGACGUUCCGUGCUUCAACCCGUCUCCCUCCGCCUCAUCCGCCGGACGCAAAUCCUCUUCGUCUCCGACUCGACCCAAGUUCCUCUCGAACCGCCAGCUUCUGCCGCCGCCACGACAGCCGUCUCCGCCCGCCCGACUCAAGCCCGUGCCACAGGUUGGGAUUCAUGACACGGUGCUUGCCGCGAAACCGAUGCGAGGACCCGCACCACUGGAUCUCGUCUUUGGCGGCGACGACAAGCCGUACGCGCCAUUCAGCUGGAGCAGCGGCUCCUCGUCCUUCUACUCGUCGAAGCUGGAAGGGCCGCUGUCGUAUCCUGCGCCUCAAGUUCGGUCCACAGCGUGUCCGACCGCCCUCUUCACCAAGGCUCCGCCUCCGCACAAGGCGAAGCUUUUUCCGCCUCAAAUCCGCCAUCCGCCUCGCCCCAAACCUCCAAUCGCUUCUCCCAGGCCACCUACAAAGGACGUCGUCGAACUGCAGCAGACUGCGCCGCGCACGCCGAAAGACGAGCCGAUGGACGAUCUCUUCGAGGGCGACGACAGCUUGAGCGAGCCCGAGAAGACGAGCCAGGCGGAUCAGCGUGGGGACGUGGUUGUGACUGACGAGUUGGAGCACCGGACGAACUCGCUCGAGGUUAACGAGGAGGUAGAGCGAGGCGGGGCGCGCUUGCAGGCGGUACAAGAGCGGAGGGACGAGAGGGGAGGCUCGCCUGAGCUCUUCGAGGGCGUCUCUGUCUCGCCUCAGAAGCCUCCGUUACCGGUGCAAAAUUUUCACGCCAGUACGACUCGUUCGGCAUCCGUUGCAGAGUCGGUCGACUCCAGCCGAUUCAGCACCGCUUCGCUCCAACAGCGCACCUCUCACCGGCUCUCCCGUUCGCUCAGUCGCCGGACACCCGUCUACUACAGCGACGAUUCCGAGUCCGAAGUCGUCCUCGUCCCACCUCGCCAAGCGACCAUCUCAGCUCGAAGCAUCUCGCCUGAUCUCGCCGCAAAGUCAGCUGUGCGGAAGGAGGACCACAAGGUCAAGACGGAGCCGGUCAAAGUCAAGAAGGUGAAGAAGGUCGUCAAGGAGAAGACGGUCGUCAAGGAGAAGAAGCCGCAGUCUCGCCCACCCGCGAACGUCAGGACGGAGGACGACUGGUGGAAGAUCGAUCCGGACGAGCAGCUCCGCCACAUCAAGCCGCCGACGGACUGGUCUCCGAACCCGAUAACGUCAAAAGCGGUCAGACCGGGCGACUGGCGCAUCCUCGAGUUCACGCUGCAUAAAGUUGCUGUUCCGGCAAGCGACGUUGUCGCGUCCAUCUUCGAGGACGGCGAAUGGUUCGUCGGCCUCGAGGCGGCGCUUGUAGCUAUCGAGGGAGACGUCGCCACCCUCCUCUCUGGCCACGAAACCGAGCUGCGCCUCCUUCUCUCGCCUCCUCCGCCAUCGCAGCCAUUUCCACCGACUCGCAGCUUUGUCCCCGACGCCGGCACGACCCUCUCUUUCCCUCUGGAUCCUUCUCUCGCCGCAAGCGCCAGCGACAUCCAGCUGAGGAUGACGUUCGUCGAUGGCUCGACGCGUCUUCCUGUGGCAAUGUCGCUCACACGUACCCCGAUCGCAUUUUCGCCCCGCCAUAUCGCCUUUUCGGCAACCGAAGCGGGCCUCACGCUCUCGCUCAACGUCCUCUCCGCCAAGCCGCCUGUUACACCAGCUUCUGCGCACGACAUCGUCGCACGACGUCUCGGCUACAUCCUCACCGAGCAGGAUCAGACGAAUGGCGUUUGGAUUCCGGAUCCGAUGGCGGUCAGAGGGCACGAGGUGGCGCAAGCUCUUCCGAUGCCAGUUUUGAGCGGCGAUCGGAUGGGCUACGACUUUGCUACGAAGCUUCCGUACGCUCCAGGCGAUGCGGUCGAGGUCUUCGGCGACAGCACGCUCGAGCACAUGCGGCCUUUCAUUCGCAUCAAGGACGACUUAGGAAAUCUCGCGCUCGACGUCGUCGCCGGAAAGCAAGAUCAUCGCGCGAGCUCAAAUGCGCUGGUGCUUGCUGAAUUCCCACCCGCCGUCGGUCUUCAAGCGCGAACUCGCUUGUUGGCGGUACUACGCCCCGCUCGUCCACCACUUCCAGCUCCGCUUCGACCUCUCCCUCUUCCUCGCCUCGUACCUUCUUCGCCACCGCCUCAUCACGGAAGGCCAGCUGCGGGAGAUCUUGUACGCUUACGACGCGGAGGUUUCGAAGAUCGAGCUGGGGAAGCGGAUCGGGUAUGA